AUGUACCUAACAGAUAAUCAGUCUAUUUCUGUGGGGCAGACGCAAAACAAAACACCUGCACACACACUGAUCCGGGUGCGCAACAAUCAGCGACGUCACCGUGAACGACGACGACAGUAUAUUGCCUUCCUUGAAGAAAAGGUCGACAAUAGCGAACAUCUUCUUGUCCAGGCAAGAGCGAAGAUUGCGGAACUAGAAAGUGAUUGCAGAUACUGGAAGCACCGUGCUGCUAAGGAGCAUCCUGAUGGAAAUGUGGCUUUGGAGUCGUUGACACCAACAGAAGAACAACAGCUGGGAAAACUGGUUGACGAGACACUAAGGACCCCAUCAUGGGUCCCAGACACCGGCCGCUCUCCCAAGAUGACUACAAAUUCCGGGUCUCGACCCUCCCUGGCGGCCACGAAUUCUACAGUCGUAGACGGAUCUUUCACCCCAAUAGUUCCUCCGCCGCAACCAUCACCAGGUUUCAUAGCGCCAGCCCUUGUACAUCUCUUCCAUGUCCCAGAGCCCAAUAUCGUUCCGCAAGAGAAGGCAGAUAUGGACAAGGGAUCUAUAUCAGCCCUUAAAGACGACACAAUCGCCGGCCAAUCCGAGGAGGCCUGUGUAGGCCCCUUAGGUCCGGAGUUAGACUGCAAGACCUAUCCAGCCAUCCAAGAGGAAUCCACAGUACCUUGUAGUCAUGCAUCCAUUUUGAUUGCACAACAGAAUGUUCGAGGAAUGGAUGAAAACGCUAUUCGAGGUUGGCUUCAGAAAGGGUUCCGGCGAGGGAAACAUCAGGACGAAGGUUGUCGAGUUGAGACAUCAUUAUUGUUCGCUGUGUUGGAUUUCAUCAGCACAUCUUAG